AUGCUCAAGGGAUUGAUACGAGGCAGGCAAGAGAAUAGGAUUGCGAAUAGACAGAAAGAGUUCUUGAAGAGCGCUCACAGCGAGGACAGAGGAAUACAAGUUGAAGGCUCCAAAAUCUCGUCAUACGCCUAUCUUGGACGUUCUAUGAGUAUGGAAAACGAUUUGAAGGAGGAACUGAAUAGGAAGAUGAGAACAGCGUGGUCAGCACGCAUCAGGGAAGCUGCGUACCUACUGACAGACCAAUCUCCGUGCCCAUCUGUUCAACUCGACAGUUCCUCCAGCGCUUUGUUACCCAGCGGAGACGUGGACAGACAUCGCUGCCACGUCUAG